AUGGUCAGAAAACAACGGUCCAGCAAAUCGUCAUCAUCAACAGCACCAGCAGCAAAAGCAACAACAGCGUCGUCGCUGUCAACAGUAGCACCGAUCAAAUCAAAAUAUGGUUACAAAUGUUAUAUACCACAACGUGAUGGAUUUGAAGGACAAAAUCAAUUUAUUAGAUUAUUAUUAAAAGAAGAAUAUAAAAAAUUAAAUAAUACCAAUACCAACGCAUUACUAACAGAAGAAGAACUAACAACAUGUGUACAAUAUUUAAUAUAUAUAUUGGAUAUGGGACGUUUUAUACCAAAUGCUCACGUUGUUUUGGGACAUAUUGAUGAGCCGAUGGAUGAAGGAGUUGUUGUGGAAUUGACAUGGGGUAGAACAUUAGGAAAAGCAGUAAUAGGAUGGAGAACAGAUACUCGACCUGUGUUUGGUGAAAUGUCUCAUUCAUUAAAAGGUAUUCAUUGGUUUGUAUCAAAUCAACGUGAUAAAUAUAUAUACCAUGCGUUUGAUAAUAUGAUAAAUACAAAAGAAGCUACCUCACAACUACACGCAGUUGCAGAAUCCAUACAUGAAGCUAUUACUGCGUGUGAAAUAGAAGGGAAAUUGUCUGCCUCUCGCACUGUUCAUUUACAGCCCCCUUCAUCACUUCAACAGCAAUGGUUAAAUCAUGGUAAAGUUAUAUUUGAUGGUAUUGAAAAUUUCCACGCGGAGGAUAAUUUAAGAUUAAUUGUGCAACGGUUAUUGACAUUAAAAUCACAAGGAUUGUUUUGUUUACCUACUGUUAUCAACAAACAUCACUAG